AUGAAGAAGAUGGCUUCAAAAGAAGACAUUCUACUAACAACAGCGAUCCGCGAUGAUUUCCUCACAUGUAAAAUCUGUUUCAAUAUUUAUGAACAGCCGAAAAUCCUGCCUUGUGUCCACACGUAUUGCACCCCUUGCUUAGAGAAACUGUUGAAGACAUCCGAUAAGCCUGGUUCCAUAUCGUGUCCAGAAUGUAGAGAAUGUGUCACCCUUCCACAUAAAACUGUUUCUGAUCUAAAAACUAAUUUCUUCAUUAACAGUCUCAUUGAGGUUCUAAAAGUGAAGACCAACAAAGACGUAAAAUGUACGACAUGUACACUUCAUGGGAAGACUUCGCCUGCCAAAAGUAGCUGUCUGGAUUGUGGAGAUUAUUUAUGUCAAAGUUGUUCUGAUGGACACAAUACUUCUUCCGCGACUUGGAAACACAGACAAGUUCUCCUGGAGGACAUUAAGAAAGGAUCAUACGACAAAGAAGUCAUGACCCUUCACAGGUUAUCCUGCACAAAACACAAGGAUAAGCAAAUAGAGUAUUUUUGUGACACGUGCCAUACACCAAUAUGUCUAUCUUGUGUUGUACUUUUACAUCGGGAUCAUGAAUGUUUAACAGUUACCGAAGCGGUUACUGCCCAGAAAGGCCGACUUGUUAGUCAUGCAACUAAAGUAAAAGAAAAAUUGCAGCACCUAGAAAAAGAAAAGAAAGUGGCUUGUGAAAAUCCUGCAAGAAUCAACAACCAUCAAACUCAAGCAACAGCAAAUAUAGAAAAACAAAUUAAUGUAAUGAUGGCUAAAAUAGGACACCACAGACAACAGGCAUUACAGCUGGUAAAAGAUGGGAUGGAAGAAACGUUGAAGCAGUGUAAUUCAGAGGUGGAACAGGCAAAUGUGAAAAUAACUUUAGCAAAAGGAUGCCUGGAGUUUUGUGAGACGAUGAUAGAACAGGGCAAAGACGAAGAGGUGCUCUACCUUGAAGAGAUAAUCACCAAGCGACUCCAGCAGCUUGAGGAGCUGCCCACUGUGGAUUUAAAGCCAAUUACUAGAGAAGUCUUCCCAGAUAUCAACGAACAAACGUGCGGCAUACAAGACUUGGACAGUUUACUGACGACGCACCUGGAUAAAAUUAAAUUGAGCUCGAAUUCGUCAUCUCUAGAAAGUGACAAAAGCGAACAAAAGGUUUCCUUCCAGUUGUUGCGUAGCUUUGAUACAGAGUACGAUUCUGACGACAAAAGUCCCGUUGUAAAAAGUAUGACAAUCAGCGACAACACUGUUUUCCUUUCUGAUAAUGCAAAUGGCAAAAUUAAAUGCAUUUCUACACGUUGGCGUUUACAAAAUUCUUAUACAACUGACGAAAUAUUUGAAUCAUUUGCUGUAGCUGUUUGUAAAGAUGUCAUUGGUGCUGUUGAUGGAAAAUACCUUUAUAUGUUUAGUGCCAUAUUUAACACGUCACAAAAACUACUGCUGUGUGACGAACCGAACACUGGAUCACUCUUCACGUUUGCGCUUGCUAACUACAAAGAUGAAGGUUUUAUUGUGGGUAAUUUGCCAAACAAUCACCUUCGAAUAUAUGCUAUCGACGGAACCCUAACAAGACAACUAAAGGUGCAAGUUGCCAAGCCACUGGCAAACGUUAGCGUUACUAAAAGUGGACAUCUUCUCACCUGCGAGUGGGGAGACAGCUGUGUUCAUGUUCGCAAUCUUCAGGGCGAGACACUGACGAUAUGUCAAGUACCAUCAGCAUGGAGGGUACUCGCAGCCAAAGAAGACAGGAAUGGUCUUAUCUAUGUUGUUAAUAGUUUUAAAUCCACUAUAUCUGUGUUUGACCAGAGCGGCAGCCAUCUACUACAACACGUCACAAAACGAGAUGGUUUACAGAAACCAGUGAAUCUUGCAUUCGACGAUGAAGGUUUGAUGUACUUGGUCAACUCGUCAGGAAAAAUCAAUGUUUAUAAAAUUAGUGUUGAAAGAGUAGCUGAACAUUCAAGUUCAAACCAGUUAACUCGGUGUAAAGGUUUACACGAACUAGACAAAGAAGGAGUGGUCUGA